AUGAUCACUGCUGCUGCUACAGCUGGUAGUUCAACCAAUGUCGAGCCUUUGAUAAAGGCAAAGAUCCUACCGCCGGCUCGUGAAAUUCCAGCGACGUUCAUGUCGAGUGCACGUAGUUGGUGGGCUACGGGCCAGAAGGAGGGUGCCGCGAGUGAGGAGCGGUUAUUAAGGAUGCUACCAUUUUACCAGUCAUCGACUUGGCCAAGACAAAAUACCGACCUCCCCGUUGUGGGUACUUCCUCGCGAGUGGUGCUCUCUUCGCCGAAACGUUUCCUCAACAUGUUUGCCAUCACGCCUACCACGCCGUCUUCUUCACCUAGCGUGCCUCCUGCUGUUUUGUUGCAUGGUUUCGGAGCUGGACUAGGCUUCUACUUCCGCAACUUUCCCGCCCUCGCCACCUGGGUCGCCCGCACCGGCGUACCAGUCUACUCUCUCGACUGGCUCGGCAUGGGCCGCUCCGCACGCGUGCCCUUCAUAGUUCGCGCAAUAAAGCACGAUAUACCCGGCCGCGUGUCACAGGCAGAGAACUUCUUCCUCGACGCUUUAGAAGAAUGGCGUGUCAAGCAGGGACUGGAGAGGAUGACACUUGUGGGUCAUUCGCUUGGUGCGUACCUCGCUGCGGCGUAUGCGGAGAGACACCCUGAGAGGGUUGCGAAACUUGUGCUGUUGAGUCCUGCGGGUGUGCUUGGGGAUCCUGAGGCUGAGCAGCCGAGUAGGGAGAUUACGGACGAUCAGGCGAAGGGUGCGACGAAAGAGCAAGUAAAAGCGGCCCAUGCGGAACAGAAGGCGAAGAAGGAGCAGGAGUCGUUGACGCGACGAUUCUUUACUUACCUUUGGGAGGAUGGAUGGAGUCCGUUCCAGGUUGUGAGGAGUUUGACUGUGUUUGGACCAAUGCUUGUUGGCAAGUACUCCUCUCGACGGUUCUCCGGCUUGUCGGAAGAAGAGACACGCAACGUACACGAUUACAUUCUCAACAUCACACUUGCGAAGGGGUCCGGGGAGUAUUGCAUCUCGCAUAUACUCACACCCUUCGCACACGCACGUAUGCCUCUUGUCGAUAGAGUAGAUAAACUCAAGAUGCCCGUCCGGUUCGUCUAUGGAUCACAUGACUGGAUGGACCCUCUCGGCGGUGAACAAUCCGUAGAACGUCUUCACGCAGCAGGGAACCGCGACGCAAUAAAUUAUCUCGUUGAGAAGGCUGGACAUCAUGUAUACUUAGACAACCCCGACUACGUGAACGACCUUCUCCUGAAAGAGCUUUCUUUCGAAUAG